AUGGCAUUGCCCAGCCUGCUCUCAACAAAGCUCAAGCCGCUUGAGCUCCUGUCCGGUGUCACUCAUUAUGAUCUUCCGCCAAUUCCCUGUUCUCUUCCUGUCAAGUGUCAUCCUCAAUUUGCUAAGUUUUCUCGCAUUGCCGAUACAUGGGCCAUCGACGCAAUGCAGCUGCAAAAUGAUCCAUGUGGAAAGCUCAAGGCUGUGCAGAGCCGAGCCCCGCUGCUUUACUGCUUCCUCGUCCCUUUCGGCAUCGGAGAGGAAGAAAUGAUUGCAGGCUGCAAGUACAGCUGGUCGACUUCCUUCGUGGAUGAUCCAUUUGACGAAGAAACGGAUUUGAAGCGGGCCAAGGAAUGGAAGAAGGUCGUGCUGCGAGCUGCGAACGGUACUCCCAGUGCUGAAGAUUUGAUGAUAAGGACGAUAAAAGCUUAUUCGGAGAUUAUGAUGCACCUGCAACAGAUGAUGGCGGCCCCAGUGUUUUCGAGGUUCAUGAGGGCUCACUACGCUUGGGCAGAUCACUGCGUGGAGCUUGUUCGUAGAAGGCAGCAUAAAGACCCUCCAACUGUAGCCACAUACCUUGCAGACAGGUGCGAAAAUCUGCUCGUAGAACCGAUCUUCAUUCUGGCGGAGGUGUGCAUGAAGCUUCAGAUUGACCCGGAGUUCCUGUCGCUGCCAGAGUUCAAGAAAAUCUGGACCACAAUGCUGGAACAUGCGGCUAUCGUGAACGACGUCUUGUCAAUCCGUGUAGACAUCCUCAACGGACACUACUACACCUAUCCUGGCCUCGUCUUCCAGCAGCAUCCUGAGAUCCAAACUUUCCAGGAGGCUGUGGACUAUUCCGUGGGGAUGAUCCAGACCAAGGAGAGAAAGUUCAUCAAACUGCACGAGAUGCUGACCGACAAAGCCAGGCAAUGCGGCUUCAAGAACAAGUCCGACUUGCUCAAGUAUGUUGAAGCUUUGCCAAACUUCAUCGCUGGAAAUCUUUACUGGCACUACCUUAGCGCCAGAUACUUCGGUGUCAACAACCCCUUCCUCACCGGAGAGCCUGUCCAAGGCACCAUCCUCAUCCAUCCCCGCAACACAGUCGUGCUCCCACCUUACCAGCGAAACAAGCACCCCUUUCUCAUCGAUGUCGACAAUCUGGAGCUCGGUGCGUGA